AUGACUCUUUGUUGCUUAUUAGAAACCUAUGAGUGCACAUAUGGUCAAAAUAUCAAUAUGGAUAAGUCAUCGGUGACCUUUAGCCACAAUGUACAAAGUGACGAUCAAGAUGAAGUUGUGAGGGGACUCAGCUUGGGUGUUGUUGUAACCCAUGAUAAAUAUUUGGGCCUACCUACUAUGGUGGGGCGUAACAAGCGACACACGUUUGAUGGGAUAUGUGAGAGGGUGUGGAAGAGAGUUCAAGGCUGGCGACGUAGUUAUUUCUCUGCAGGUGGGCCGGAGGUUCUUGUUAAAGCAGUUUUGCAAUCUAUCCUUACAUAUUUGAUGAGUAUUUUUCAACUUUUGGUUAACCUUUGUGAUAAGUUGAAAUCUAUUCUUAUUAAAUUUUGGUGGGGAUUGACUAAUGAUAAAAGGAAGAUUGCAUGGGUUCGAUGGGCUGAUGAUGAUCAGUCUCUUGCUGCUAAAAUUCUAAAAGAUAAAUAUUUUCGAUCUAUAUCUAUUUUGGAAACGAGAGAUAAGGCUGGUCCAUCACACUUGUGGGCAAGCUUUAUGCGGGGAUUUGAGUUGUUGAAGAAAGGAUUGCGUCGCUUUUAUAGGGGAUGGAUCUACCAUUCGUGCUUUGAGGACCCAUGGAUACCAAGGCCUCGUUCUUUUAUGAAUUUUGUUCAUCAACAAUAUACAAAUAUGUUGGUUAGUCAUUUUAUCUUGCUAGGACGAAUAUGGGAUGAUGGGAAGCUUAAUCAAUUAUUUGCUCCUAGUGAUGUUGAAAUUAUUAGAAUGCAGCUACAUGAUGAUGAGGGUUGUUCCAACUCUACUUUGAUUACUAAAUGGUGGAAUAGAAUGUGGAAUUUAGGGAUCCUUCCAAAGUUCAAGGUUGUGUUUGAGGAAGUGGCGGUGGUGCUUUGGUGGAUAUGGCAUGAUCGUAAUGCAUGUUUGUUUAACAAAGUCCAAUCUCAUAUUAGUUGUAUUGUUGAUCUUGCUCUCAAUGGGUUGAGAGGAUUCCAAGAAUGCAAUAAAAGGCUCAAUCAGAUUAUUUCAUGGAGAACACCUUCUCUAGGGUGUUUCAAACUUAACGCAGAUGCUUCUAUGGUUGAGGGGCGAGUUUUUAUUGGAGUUGGGGGGUUAUUCGGGAUGCAAAUGGAGUAG